CCAGGUGACUUCUGCGAUGUCAACCACUGUCAGAAUGGGGGCACCUGCCUGACUGGCAUUAAUGAGACCCCCUUCUUCUGCAUCUGUCCUGAAGGCUAUGUUGGGAUUGACUGUAAUGAGACCGAGAAAGGCCCCUGCCAUCCCAAUCCUUGCCACAACAAUGGCGAGUGCCAGUUGGUCCCUAACCGGGGGGAUGUCUUCACUGACUACGUCUGCAAGUGCCCCGCAGGCUACGAUGGGGUGCACUGCCAAAACAAUAAGAACGAGUGCUACUCCCAGCCUUGCAAAAAUGGAGGCACCUGCCUAGACCUGGAUGGUGACUACACCUGCAAAUGCCCUUCUCCGUUCUUGGGGAAGACCUGCCAUGUCCGCUGUGCAGUUCUCCUGGGCAUGGAAGGCAGGGCCAUCUCUGAUGCUCAACUCUCGGCCUCCUCCGUCCACUACGGCUUCCUCGGCCUGCAGCGCUGGGGCCCGGAGCUCGCCCGCCUCAACAACCAUGGCAUCGUCAACGCCUGGACCUCCAGCAACUACGACAAGAACCCGUGGAUCCAGGCCAACCUGCUGAGGAAGAUGAGGCUGAGCGGGAUCAUCACACAAGGUGCUCGCCGCGUGGGCCAGGCAGAGUACGUCCGUGCCUUCAAAGUGGCCUACAGCCUGGAUGGACGGGAGUUCACCUUCCUCAAGGAUGAAAAGCAGGACACGGACAAGGUUUUCCCGGGAAACGUGGAUUACGGCAUGAUGCAGACCAACAUGUUCAACCCUCCCAUCACAGCCCAGUUCAUCCGCAUCUACCCCGUGAUGUGUCGCCGGGCCUGCACCCUCCGCUUCGAGCUUAUCGGCUGUGAGAUGAACGUGUAUUUCAACACGGCAGGUUGCUCGGAGCCCCUGGGCAUGAAAUCCCGCCUGAUCUCUGACCAGCAGAUCACGGCCUCCAGCGUCUUCAAGACGUGGGGCAUCGAUGCCUUUACGUGGCACCCGCACUACGCCCGCCUGGACAAGCCGGGCAAAACCAACGCGUGGACGGCGCUCAGCAACGGCCCCUCCGAGUGGCUGCAGAUCGACCUCAGGGACCAGAAGAAGGUGACGGGCAUCGUCACGCAAGGCGCCCGCGACUUUGGCCACAUCCAGUACGUGGCAGCCUACAAGGUGGCCUACAGUGACAACGGCACCUCCUGGACCCUGUACAGGGACAGCCAGACCAACAGCACCAAGAUCUUCCACGGCAACAGCGACAACUACUCGCACAAGAAGAACGUGUUCGACGUGCCCUUCUACGCGCGCUUCGUGCGCAUCCUGCCCGUGGCCUGGCACAACCGCAUCACGCUGCGCGUGGAGCUGCUCGGCUGCGACGAGUAGGCGCGCGCGGCGGCAC